AUGGCUAGUCCUCCUGUUCUAGCUUUCGACGCCGAGGGCCGUCCGGUCAAAUUCGAAACCUGGCUAGAUGACCUGCACCUUUUCCUACAGCUCACUGCCAAGGAAGAUAUUACACUGUACGACCACGCUCUCGGCCAUGCGACCGCCCCACUCGCUACUGCCCCCCCAGCUGAGCGCUCACAGUGGCAGACCCGUGACGCGCACGCUCGCUUUGCUAUUCGCAACUCCCUGCCGCUAGAUGAGCGCGAGCACUUCGGCCAGUGCAAGACUGCUAAGGACCUCUACACAGCUGUAGUGGCCCGCUACUCCUCACCCGCUUCUGCCACACUAGGCCGCCUCACUCUCCCCUACCUGUUCCCCGACCUAGCCUCCUUUCACACUGUCGCAGACCUCAUCACCCACCUUAAGACUAGUGAGGCUCGCUUUCGCGCUGCCAUGCCUGAUGAGUUUCUCGCUAGCAACCCCCCCCCGCUCUGGAUCACUCUCUACCACGUUGUCACCCGCCUCCCUGACUCUCUGCGCCCUGUCAGGGACCAGUUCCUCUCUCGCUCCCCCACUGAGCUCACCAUAGCCCUCCUCGAGAAGGAACUGCUUGCAGCUGAGGCUAGUAUCGUCGCUGUAGGCACCUCUCGUGGCGACCCCCGCGGCCCCUUCUUCGAGGGGUGCUCCCCUUCCCCCCUCCUCCCCUCUGUCGCCUCUGCUGCUGCUGUCGACCUCCUUGGUGCUGAGAAGGUCGGGGCUGCGUCUGCUUCAGGCGGACGACGCAGGGGCAGGAGUGGCAGGAGUGGGGGUGGUGGCGGAGGAGGCGGGGGUGGAGGUGGUGGCGGUGGAGGUGCGACUGGAGAGACUAGUGGCGGCAGUGGUGGAGGUGACAGCGGUGUUGGGAGUGGUGACAGGGGCGGAGGUGGCAGCGGAGGCGGAGGUGGUCGUGGCAGCGGCAGGGGUGGAGGUGGCCGGGGCGGAGGCGGAGGGGGUGGUGGUCGUGGAGGCCCGGGGGGCGGUCAGAGUCAGCAGCCUUCCCCGACCCUUCAGGCCGCCCGUGAGUGGUAUGCACGGCGCAGCGUCACCUGCCAGUACGUUAUUCGUACAGGUGACCGCACUGGCCAGAUGUGUGGGGGGCCGCACCAGACGGAGCGCUGCUUCGCCCGCCUCAACGAUGCGUGGCGCACCCAGUUUCCUGGUGGGGGUGAGCUGCCGCGCUGGGCUGAUCUGCUCAGGAAGGGUGUUGAUAUUUGGGCACUUGACUUUGAUGCUAUUCUCACUGCCAUGUAUGCGAUGUCUAUUAGUGGAGAGGGUGCUCAGUACUUGCGUGUUCCGCCCGACCCGGGCAUUCAGGCCAGCCCCGCUGCUGCUCUAGGUGCUAGUGUGUCUGCUUCCACAGGUACUACUGCAGCUGCUGCUCUAGGUGCUUGUGCGUCUGUGCCCCCUGGUACUGAGUCGACUGCAGCACUGCACACCUUCACACUGGACUCAGGUGCUUCUCGCUCUUUCUUUCGUGACCGCACUGUCCUUGAGCCUCUAGCUCGGCCGGUUGCUGUCUCUCUUGCUGACCCCUCUGGGGGUCCGGUCCUUGCGACCUCCUCCACCACCCUUCCGUGUCCAGCGGUUCCGUCCGGCACACUCUCAGGUCUCUACCUCCCCUCGUUCUCCACGAACUUGGUGGCAGGUAGUGCGCUCCAGGACUCGGGUGUUCACCAGUUCACCCCUGCCUACGAGCGUGUGACUCACUGCACGUGUGCUCGGACGGGCCGCCACCUGGCUACUUUCACUCGAGAGCCGGGGUCUGACCUGUACACACUGACCACUGAGUCCCCUCAGGUAGCUGCGUCUGCGUCAGCGUCAGGUCAGCUGUCCGCCCCCUGCUCGUGUCGCUCUCUGGCGAACGACACCGUCCUCUGGCACCACCGCCUUGGUCACCCGUCUGUGCAGCGCCUGCGGGCCAUGCACAAACGGGACCUUGUUGCUGGUCUUCCCAGGGUGCUCCCUCCCCUUCCAGCCUCGCCUGCUCCUGACUGCAUUCCCUGUGUCGAGGGGCGGCAGCGCGCCGCUCCUCACUCCUCCUCCUUUCCCCCGACGACCGCUCCCCUGCAGACGCUCCACAUGGACGUGUGGGGCCCAGCCCGCGUCCGUGGUCAGGGUCAGGAGAGGUACUUCCUGAUAGUUGUUGACGACUACUCGCGCUACACCACGGUCUUCCCCUUGCGCGCCAAGGGUGACGUCCCUGGUGUUUUGAUCCCCUGGAUCAGCCGAGCCCGUCUCCAGCUAGGCGAGCGCUUUCACUCGGACUUUCCUGUCCUGCGCUUGCACUCUGACAGGGGUGGUGAGUUUGCCUCCGACCUCUUGGCAGCCUACUGUGCUGAGCACGGCAUUGAGCAGUCGUACACGCUUCCGGCCUCUCCACAGCAGAAUGGGGUUGCUGAGCGCCGCAUUGGCUUAGUCAUGGAGGUCGCUCGUACCUCCCUGACCCAUGCGGCUGCUCCCCACUUUCUGUGGCCGUUUGCGGUCCGGUACGCAGCACAUCAGCUCAACCUCUGGCCCCGUGUCUCCUUGCCGGAGACUUCCCCGACUCUACGGUGGACGGGAGAGGUUGGUGAUGCGUCGCGUUUCCGGGUCUGGGGAUCUCGAGCCUUUGUCCGCGACACGUCUGCGGACAAGCUCUCACGUCGCACUGUUCCCUGUGUCUUUCUUGGCUUUGUUCCCGACGCGCCUGGAUGGCAGUUUUACCACGUCACCUCGCGCCGGGUUCUGGCCUCUCAGGACGUCACUUUUGACGAGUCCGUCCCCUUCUACCGCCUCUUCCCCUACCGCACUGCCCCACUCCCCCCCCCGCCUCUCUUCCUCGCUCCAGGUGCUGAGGUACCAGACCCCCUCCCCCCUCAGGGUGCCGCUCCCUCAGGUGUGUCCCAGGUAGACCCGGGUGAGCCUGUCGAGGUAGCUGUUGACUCGCGUCCUGCGUCUGGGGGUGCUGAGCCUGGAGGUGCGGAGCCUGGGGGUGCUGAGCCUGGAGGCGCGGAGCCUGGGGGUGCUGAGCCUGGAGGUGCGGAGCCUGGGGGUGCUGAGCCUGGAGGUGCGGAGCCUGGAGGUGCGGAGUCUGGAGGUGCUGAGUCUGGACGUGCUGAGUCUGGGGGUGCUGAGUCUGGGGGUGCUGAGUCUGGGGGUGCUGAGUCUGGGGGUACUCCACCUGGAGGAGCCCUCUCCUCCCAGCAGCUGCAGGAGAGGUACCUCGAGUACUGCCGCCUCCGGAGAGGUGCUUCUGGAGCUCGUCCCGGUACUUCCCCUCCUACCCAGGAGCUCCCCCCCAUUCAGGUGAUCCGCGAGUGGUACACGCGGCGCUGCAGUCUUCGUAGUGGUGCUCCUGGUGCUGCGGACCCGAGCGGUGGUGCUGUUGCUGGUGCUGAGGACCCGGACGCUGGAGCUGCUGCUGGUGCUGAGGACCCGGGGGCUGGAGCUGCUGCUGGUGCUGAGGACCCGGGCGUUGGAGCUGCUGCUGGUGUUGAGGACCCGACCGGUGGCGCUGCUGCUGGUGCUGAGGACCUGACCAGUGGCCCUGCUGCUGGUGCUGAGGACCCGGGCGUUGGAGCUGCUGCUGGUGCUGAGGACCCGACCGGUGGUGCUGCUGCUGGUGCUGAGUGCUGA